GCUCUGUAACAGGUGUACGGGUCACACCGUUCGUUCUGCCUGCACCAGCAUCAGCUCUGCAGUCAAGAUGAAAUUCACUAUUGUGGCUACCGUCCUUCUUGGACUCUGGCUGGCUCCAGCCCUUGCUACAAUACUCGUGAACCAGCAGCCAUCCACAUCCAUCACCAGGCAAAUCACCGUUAAUGGACAGUUACAACUUGUGUUCAUCAACAGGCAAUGGCGCGUGGCAACUAUCGAGCAACAGGGCGGCUUCAGGUCCUGGAAAACCAUCUGGGACUACAACACCGGCUUUAUUGCAACCAAAGUGCUGCCAGAGAGAGUUUGCUACGUUUCCGUCAUGAACAGAAGCCAGAUGCCCACCUUUGAUUCACUCCCAAUGAUGGUAUCUGAUCCUCAGAACCUGCAGUUCCAAGGACAGCUGACAAGGCAGCUCACAUUCGUCACCCAGGGACUUGUCCGUGACCUCCAGGCCUAUGGAUCCAGCAUCUAUGCCAUGUGCAGAGGACUCCCAACCUACGUGGCUACUCAAGUCUAUGGUCCCCAAAACACUUUCAACCUGGGAUCAUGCAUUAGACUUGAUGUCCUGCGGCUCGUGGAGCUUAGGUACUGUCGUGCCAACAUCAAUGGCAACAUCAACGGCAACAUCAAUGGCAACAUUAACAUCGGUGUCAAGGGCCUUCCUUGA